CGCAGCGCGGCUCCGGCUCCGGCUCCGGCUUCCCCCGAAACCUACACCGCCCCAUGGGCCCCGCGUCGCCGGCGCCGCCCUUCCCGCCGCUGCGCCACCAGUAGAGAUCGCCCGCGCCGGGGAUGGCGCCGCCCGGGCGCCCCCGCCGCCGCUGCGGCCGAGGAUUGUUUGAACAUGCUCCAAGGAAGAAGUUAUUAUUUAAUUUCUUAGUUGUUAUCUUGGCUCUGGAAUUUAUCAGUGAGACCGGUUUGAUCACCCAAACAUCCGCCCUACAACCUCAUGGUCCUGCUAUGUCUCCUUCACAAGGUUGGCGACCAGUUCGGCCCAUGGUAUCCCAGGCCAAAGUUGGUGUAACUGUUGCAUCACGACAACACAGACAAAAGAAGCUAUAUCCAUCGCCAUCUGCUCUAUCACCUUUGCACCCUCCCAUCUCGGCGCCAAGCUAUAGCUCCAUCGCUCGAGCUUCUCACCUCUCCUUUUAUUCCUCGGACCAGUCAGAUCAUUAUUUGGUGCAGCAUAACAGACGCUCAGCAGCAGAUGUUCCUGCUCAUGUGGAUGCCGCACCCCCUGAUGCAGCUUCAAAUACUAGCGCUGCUCCUUCUGGAUUAGUGCAGCCCCCUGUAUCUCCACACGAUGGCUGUUGUGCCCCAAAUAUGGUACAAAGACGGGGGAGCAAAGACUGCCAUUGUGUUUACCCAGUAAGAGUUGAGCUCUUCCUUCACAAUGUUUCCUUGAAUUCAAAUUGGAGCAAUGAAUUUCUUGCCGAGCUUGCAUCGCAGCUCAACUUGUGGGUCACCCAGUUUGAGAUUGUAAAUUUCUAUGUUGUUGGAGCUUCUGGGCUAAAUAUGACAAUGAACAUAGCUCCCCACACUGGAAAUAGCUUCUCAUCCGAUCAAGUUUCUGCAAUGAAUUAUUCUCUUAGCAUGCAUACAGUUCAGAUCAAUCCAAUACUGGUCGGGGACUACAAUCUUCUUAAUUUAACGUGGUUCAGAUCAUUGGCUCCAGCUCCUGCUCCAGCGUUCAUGAUAUCACCUAAGGCCUCUCCAUUUACAUCAUCUUCCUUACCAAGGACGAGUGAAAACAGCAGCAAUGGCAAACACUUGAGCCUGAUUACUGUCAUUUGCAUAUGUAUUGGUGCUCUAAUUGGUGUCCUGGUGAUCCUUUUAUUUAUUUGCUUCUGCACAUUCAGGAAAGGAAAGAAGAAGUUGCCUCCUGUUGAAACACCCAAACAAAGGACACCAGAUGCAGUAUCUGCAGUUGAAUCACUUCCUCGCCCCACAAGUACACGGUUCCUUGCAUAUGACGAACUUAAAGAAGCAACAAACAACUUUGAGGCUUCAAGUGUGCUUGGGGAAGGUGGUUUUGGCCGUGUCUUUAAGGGAAUACUAAGUGAUGGCACUGCUGUCGCUAUAAAGAAGCUUACUUCUGGAGGACACCAAGGAGAUAAAGAGUUUCUAGUUGAAGUGGAGAUGCUGAGCAGGUUGCACCACCGCAACCUUGUGAAACUCAUUGGAUACUACAGCAACCGUGAAUUGUCACAGAGCCUUCUUUGUUAUGAACUUGUUCCUAAUGGAAGUCUAGAGGCCUGGCUUCAUGGCUCAUUGGGCGCUAACUGCCCCUUGGAUUGGGACACCAGAAUGAAGAUAGCACUUGAUGCUGCCAGGGGAUUAGCAUACCUUCACGAAGACUCACAACCUUGUGUAAUCCACAGGGACUUCAAAGCUUCUAAUAUAUUGCUUGAGAAUGAUUUUCAUGCCAAAGUGUCCGAUUUUGGUUUGGCCAAACAGGCGCCAGAAGGUCGCUUAAAUUAUCUUUCAACUCGUGUUAUGGGAACUUUUGGGUACGUAGCACCAGAGUAUGCAAUGACAGGACACUUAAUUGUAAAAAGCGAUGUAUAUAGCUAUGGAGUUGUUCUACUUGAACUACUUACUGGAAGGAGGCCUGUGGACAUGUCUCAAUCUUCCGGGCAGGAAAAUCUAGUGACAUGGACACGGCCAGUUCUUCGAGAUAAAGAUAGACUACAAGAACUAGCUGACCGCAGUCUUGGUGGGCAGUAUCCGAAAGAAGAUUUUGUGAGAGUUUGCACAAUCGCAGCAGCCUGUGUUUCCCCCGAGGCAAACCAAAGGCCAACAAUGGGCGAGGUGGUGCAGUCACUUAAGAUGGUGCAACGCUCCACGGAGUUCCAGGAAUCUAUACAAACACCGCCAGCUCGUCCUAAUAUCCGGACUGCAGCGACGUAUGAAUCUGACGGGACUUCAUCCAUGUUCUCCUCCGGACCCUUCUCAGGCCUGAGCCCUUUCGAGACUGAAAACAUCUCAAGAACAGCGAUUUUCUCAGAAGAUCUCCACGAAGGCCGAUGAUUGUUAGAGGGUGGUUGAGGAACUGUUUUCGGUAGAGCCUCUAACCGCCCAUUGAAAGGCUGGUGAUGUUAGUGACCUGGCCGGUUAUGGGGAAGCAAUACCUGUAAAUUCCAUUUUUAGUCGCCGCCUGCAAAAAGAUUAGAUUAUCACAAGAAUAGCUGAUCACUUUGUACCAAAUACUACAUGAUUUUGCUCGAGGUUUUUUGUC